AUGAUCAAUUUUAUUUACAUCAUUCUUUUCACUUUAGUUUCCGCCAAAACUAAUGAAGAAGAAUUAAGAGAGGCUGCUUGUGUUAUAUUUUCCAGAUAUAUACUGCAGGUCUAAUCACAUUAAGCCAGUCCAUUAAUAGGAAAAUUGAUUAAGGAACAAAAUUAUGAUUAGAAUGAUGCCAUUUAUAUAGUCUAAGCAGCAGCACUUGACAAAUGCUUAAUUAAUGUCAAAUAAAGAGAAGUCACUAGAGUAAUAAUGAUUUCUUAUCAUUUAAGAUUCUUGAUGGGUUACAAAAUUAAGAAUUAGAUUUAGAGAAAUAUACACAUCUCCAUGAAAAUAUUUAAUAUGACAGAUUCAUGAAUAAGAAAGAAUUGGCUAAACUUAACUUAUUAAUUGAAAUUAUAAAGGAUGUUGAAGAAUUAAUAUAGACUUAAUGGUAAAAAAGACCUGAUGUUGAAAAGAGAAGAUAAGAAUAAUUAGAGUCUGAAGAAAUUGAUUAAGAAAUAUUAAGUUAAUUGGAUGAAGUACCCAUAACAGAAUAAUUUGACCUCACCAAGUUUUCAUUGAAACACAUACUUUUAAAAAAUAAAGAAUAUUUGAUUUUCGCUAUCUUCAUUUUAGUGCCAAUAGUUUUAAUACUAAAUAGUAAUUGUAUUUAUAAUUUUAAGGUUGUUGUAAGUCUAAUCCUAAAAAAGAUAAGAAGUUAUCUGAAAAAAAUUAAAAAAAGGAUUCUACAAAAUAAAAUCCUGAAAAUGAAGAAAAGAAGAAAUCAUCAUAAGCUAAAAAAAGUGAGAAAACAGAGAAAAAUAAAAGCAAAGAAGAAUGAGU